GGAAACACCCAUAUCUCGGCUUCAUUUUUUUUAUUUAUUCAUUUCAAAACUCAGUAUGCAAGUCUGCAUUGAACUGUAGCGAUCCGUAUCCGUCUGUUUCAUGUGCCGUGAAGCUUAUACAGAGAUUACAGAAGUAAAGUUUUAGUUUUUUGCAACUCUGGGAUCACUGGAGAGUUUGAAGCUCAGCUAAACUGAUCUAUAUUAAAAGGACUUUUAACUUUACUGGAUUAUCUGUGUGUUAAUCAAACCUGAUGAGAGCAGCUGUCCUGACCGUGUGCAGCGAGUCGUGCGAAUAUAUUUUGCAUAGUGCUGUGGAUCAUGUGCUUCCUCAUACCUGAUACUGCACACUGGAGUGGAGUUGGUGAGCAGAAUUCCAUCUGUGAUUUGGAAAGAGGGCGAGGAAACUCUGAGGCUUAGUACGGAGAGAUGAUGAGCAGGGCUGAUCUAACUGAGGCUAAAACCAAAACAGCGUGUGUUUGCAGUAAUCAUUUUAUCUCCGAGCGUCAUGGUGGCCUUCCUGUAUCUCGUCUUAUCUUUACUCACCCUGGUUCUGGCAGGAGGGGUGAAGAACUGCCACCCGAAGUGCCACUGCGAGGUGGAGAGCUAUGGCUUGUUUGACAGCUUCAGCCUCACCAAAGUGGACUGCAGUGGGCUCGGACCGGGCGCCACUCCCAUCCCCAUUCCUCUAGACACAUCCCACUUGGACCUGUCCCACAACUCCAUCAGCUACAUCACGGACUCCAUGCUGUCAGGACCUGGAUACACGACUCUGGUCAGCUUGGAUCUUAGCAAGAACCUCAUCUCACGAGUGAGCCCCAAGGCCUUUCACAAACUACGCUAUCUGGAGACCUUGGAUCUCAGCCAGAACGUUCUGGAGAACCUCAGUGGUGGAUGCUUCUCCGGUCUCCCUUUAACCGAGGUGGAUCUCAGCGAUAACAGAUUUCGUGAAUUUGACCUAAAUAUAUUCAUCACACGAGGCCAGGAAACCCCUAUCAGCAUAGAUCUUUCGAACAACCUUCUCAGCACAGUUUCGAGGAACCCUCACGUCCACGCGCCGUACAUCAAGAGCCUGACACUGGCGGGCAAUCAGCUCAAGACAGUGCCCAGUCUUGCAGGAAUUCCCUUGCAGUAUUUGAGCCUGGAUGGAAAUCUUAUCUGCAGCAUUGACGAAGGAGCCUUCGAGGAGCUGACGGAUCUCGUCUAUCUCUCUCUCAGUGGCCUCUCCGAACUGUUAGUCAUCCAUCCGAACAGCUUCAGAGGCUUGAAGAAUCUCCAAGUCCUGGACCUUUCAAACAACUUCCAUCUCAAAACUCUGAGUCCAGAUGUGUUUAAUGGACUGAGUGCUUUACAGGAGCUUAAUCUGUCCAAAUCCGUAUCGAUUCCGUUGCCUGUAGCCAUUUUUAACUACAUGCCAAGUAUUAAAAGUGCGACUCUGGGGCCAAAUAUGCACUGCUGGAAAACACACAAGCAAGGACAGUUUCACAGGCAGAUAGGACAGGCGAAAGCAAACGACAUUUUGACUUGCGAUGUUCCAGGAAUCAUAUUGUAACAUUUAAAAUAAUAAUAAUAAAUGCACAAAAUUGUAUUUUUAUUACUUAGUGCCUUAUUUCUCUGAGGCUCAUAUUUCCACUGACUCCUUCAUUUGGACCUCAUUUAUCAAUCUGUUUCCAUCGACCAAACCAAACGGAUGAUUCAUAUCAGAUUUGCAAACAUUUCAGAUUUUCUUCGUAUUGCUGCAGAUUUUGAGAACCGUCAAUCAGCCGGAAAUGUAUUACAUUCCAGGCAUUUAGCAGAUGCUCUUGUCCAGAGCGACGUACAACACACAGAGCAGCCUGGGGAGCAGUUGGGGGUUAGGUUCCUUGCUCAAGGGCACUUCAGCCAUUCCUGCUGCUCCAGGGAAUCAAACUAGCAACCUUUUUUUUUUCACAAAGCUGCGUCUCUAAUCUUUAGACCAUGGCUAAAUAACAAGUACGUUUGCGGGACGGAUUAUUUAAGUUAUUCCACGAAAUCGAGUCGUACAUGAGCUGAUAGCUGACGAGGCACGUAGCAUCGAGUUGGCUAUAAGCCAUGUCCAACAAGAUUGAGUGGAAUAACUGUUUUAUUCUAUACACAUUUACUGGAUUUUGAGAAAUGGAGCAUUUUUUUUUUUUUGCAAAUUUGAUAAAUAGAAACUUUUGUAUAAAAUGUGUGACAAAUCAUUUCUGCUUAGAAUGUAAACAAACCGGCAAAAUGACAGGAGCAAUUUGUGAAAAAUGUGAUUCUUGGACAAAUAAAAAAAAUAUAUACAUUCUUACCAUCAAAGACUUUUUUUUUUUUUUUUUU